ACCCACUUCACCAUCCAAUUGCACACCUACCCAACCAGAAAAGUGACAUACCAUCCAUAAAAUCCCCCCCUCCACCAUGGCCCCCAAGCACCAACCCCUCCGCACCGCCCUAAUCGGCCUCUCCUCCACAGCAGCCACCUCCUGGGCCUCCCGCGCCCACCUCCCCAACCUCCUCACCGAACAAGGCCGCUCCAAAUUCACCAUCACGGCGCUGCAAAACAGCAGCGUGGAGGCCGCCCAAGCCGCCAUCAAGCACUACAAUCUCCCACCCGACACAAAGGCGUACGGGACUCCCGAAGACCUCGCCAACGACCCAGACAUCGAUGUCGUGAUUUGCAACACGCGCGUCGACAAGCACUUUGAGACGGUGCUGCCGAGCAUCCGUGCCGGCAAGGAUGUCUUCAUCGAGUGGCCUAUCGCGCAGGAUCUCGCGCAUGCGGAUGAGCUCGUUGAAGCGGCGAGGAAGUCUGGUUCGCGCGUGGGGAUUGGACUGCAGCGGCGCUGGCUGCCGCCUGUGCUUAAACUCAAGGAACUGAUUCAGGGGGGCAGUCUGGGGAAGGUGUUGACUGCGGAUGUUAGUUUUUACAACGGGGAGGAGGAUCCCACAGUGUUGCCGGAGAAACUGUUCUACUUCACCGAGAAAAGGUACGGGGGAAACCCCAUUGUUAUCCUUGGGGGACACUCGCUCGAUUACAUAUUCUCCGUGUUGGGUAACCUGGUUCCCGAGUCCAUUUCUUCGCAGAUGCAGAUUCGGCGUCCGGAGGUGAAACUCGUCGAUCCAGCGACGGGCAAGACGAUCAAGACCGUCACCAGGGACACGCCGGAUAUCCUACACUUCACCGCGCGCCUCCAGCCAUCUCAAUAUGUCGUACCGGGUGCUUCUUUCCACUACGUUUUCCGCUCGGGGCAACCGUUUCCGGGAACACCCACCGCCAACUUCACCAUUACCCUUGAGUCUGGGCAAAUCCAGCUCACCGCUGGGUCCCCCCCGGGGCUCGAAUUUGCGGGUCCAGGGCAGGAAGCGAAGAUCAAGGUAUGGCGACGUGGCUCCAAGGAGGCAGAAGACGUGGAGUGGAAGUGGGAGAAUGUAAACGACGAGAUCGGCCCAAUUGCGGCGGCCAUGCAAGUUCCAUUGUAUGCGUUUGCGGAUGGGAAAGAGAAAGGGGAUGGAUGGGUCGAUAUUGAAGAUGCGAGGGAGAUUGCCAGACUGAUUGAUGGGUUCUAUAAGAAGUGGGAGCAGGACGGUGGGCUCUGAAUGCACUUUGAAAUGAUAUUGAAAACGGUGACCAGACGCUAAAGUACUUUACCCAUUUGACUUUUAUCUCUGCGAUAUUGCUGUGCUUCCGCAUCAUCUAGUUGAUCCUAUAUACGUUGUGAAUGAUCGAUUCGCGCUUCUUUCC